AUAAACGCCUUAGUCUCUGUAGCAAAAUCCUGGAUUGUUUUUUUUUCUUGUGAAAAACUCAUAAACUGCACAUCAGGUUGGGGGCGGGUGUUUGAAGGACAUGUCUAAGCUGUUCCGAGCCGUGAUCUUGGGUCCACCGGGCUCUGGGAAAGGCACCAUUUCGGAGCGGGUGGCAAGCAGUUUUGGCCUGAAACAUCUGUCCAGCGGUGAUUUCCUGCGCGAGAACAUCGCGGCGAAAACGGAGGCUGGAGUUUUGGCUGAAACCUACAUAGAGAAUGGUGCUUUGGUGCCAGACCAUGUGAUGACCCGCUUGAUGCUUCCCAGGGUAGAGGAGAUGACGCGCCAUAGCUGGCUAUUGGAUGGUUUUCCCCGGACCCUAGCCCAGGCCAAGGCUCUGAACAGUACCUGUGAGCUCGACAUUGUCAUUAGUCUUAACAUCCCUCUAGAGACACUGAAGGAAAGAUUGCGUCAUCGCUGGAUUCACCCAGCCAGUGGGAGGGUGUACAACAUGUGCUUUAAUCCUCCCCGUGUCCAGGGAAUGGAUGAUAUCAGUGGAGAGCCAUUGAUUCAACAUGAAGAUGAUAAACCAGAGGCUCUGGUUGCCAGAUUGAGGCACUACAAAGAUGUGGCAAAGCCGGUCAUAGAUUUAUACAGGGCCAAAGGCAUCCUGCACAUGUUUUCGGACACAGAGACGGACAGGAUCUGGCCUUACAUCAGCUCGCUUCUGAGCACUAAGAUCCCGACAGACCUAGGAGACGCUCAAAGGGCCACAACCCACUGAAGGAAACCGCUGAUAUUUUUAAUGGUUAAUUCUACACAUCGGUAUAGCAGUUAUCACUUAGAGCUUCAUUACAAUGUUCAUUUCUUCAAAAAGGUUUUAAUCAUUCCUAUUUUUAUUCUUCAGUUUUUAGUGAAAAGUUGUGUCUUAUGCUGCCUUUCUCUCUGGAAUGUUCUCUCAUCAGUGUUCCUAUAACUGUUUCUGAGUGACUGUACAGGCUUAAAUAAUGAUGUGCUUGCAGUUUUGUGUGUGUGUGUGUGUGUGUGUGUGUGUGUGUGUGUGUGUAUGUAUUUUUUGGAGAGUUGCAGCUUAGGACUUUGCGAAAAUUGUACAUGUACAGAAUAUCACAUGUACAUUAUACACUGAGAACACUGACAUGUUUGAUAUCAAACCAUUUCAAUAUUUUUAUCGUGACUCAGUGAGACUUUUUACCACCAUUGACAAUCCAUUAAUAUGUAGUCUAAUGUGAUUUUGAAAAGUAUAUGUAAUAUAUUUUUUGAAACAACACUGCUUUUUUUCAAUAACUGUGCUAUAAAUAAUCUGUUAUCAUAAAAUUAAAUAAGCUUGUGAACCCACAAUGUCUGAGCUUCAGGCAAAUAAAGGUCUAAAUUGAGCAAAUACUACUCUACCUCUGAACUAUGUACCCUUCUGUCAGCAUUUGGACUCUCUCCCUAUCUGUCUUUCUUUAAAUAGACACAAUAUUGUAAAUGCAAGACAAAGAUUAGAAAACAAACCCCUUAAUUCUCUUUAUUGUGCAAUAUUACACAUGCUGCAUUCAGUUCUGAAUCUGACAUCUCUGAACCAAAUAAACCUUUUCGCUUGAUUCCGAAAAUCA